AUGCGUCAAAAGCGUAAAGCUUACGGAGGCAAACUUCUUUCCUAUUCAUUUGGAAGUUUGGUUGCAGUCGAUUACCUGACCAAACGGCCACUGACUCCACCUGCGCCGUCUAUCGACUGUCGUACGACUAUCAAUCUCUUAUUCAACGAGCCAGUUUGUAGGGGACGGAAUGUCGCAAUACUUGCUGACGGAUGGCGGAUCGAACUUCACUUCUGGGUAUGUCAAGGACUUUCUAGCGACGAUUCAGUGCAAGCACAUCACAACGACCGCUUAUCAACCCUAGUUGAACAGGUUGUGCGAACGCAUAUACCAGACCCUAGUGCGAACCCUCGCUAA